AUGUUAGAAAAAAAGUUUGCUGACAUUGACAAAAAAUUUGAGAAUGUUUUAAAUAAGAACAAGAGGAAGUUGGAAAAUGCUCAGAUAAAACCCAUACAUGACAAGUUCUUAUUUGCUCAGAAUGGUAUAACAGGUCUAAUUGCACCACCUGGGUCGGGUAAGACUUUCACUUAUCUUAAAAUGGCUGCACAACAACAAGAACUAGAUGAGAAGAACCCAUUCUAUGAGUUAGUUGUCAUUUGUAGUACUUCUGGUCAAUUUGACCAAACCGUCAAUUCGUUCAAAGAUAUUAUAAAGAAGUCUAAGUUAGUAUGUAUAAAAGACUCUGAGUUGUUAGAUUGGAUAAAGAAGUACCAAAGAAGGGUUUUGAAGUACAAUGCUAUAAAUGAGUAUAUAAAUUCGAAGUUUAAAGACCCAAAUGAGGAAAUGCAGAGAAUAUUAGAGAAGAAACACUUCAGAAACAAACAGAAAGAGAUAGAAUACAUUUCGAAGAAAUUGCAAUCUUACGAUUGGAAGACAUACCCUCAUAGAUGUCUUCUUAUCUUAGAUGACUUUGCUUCUCAUCCUUUGUUAAAGAAUAGAGAACAAGACAUGUGUCGAAUUCUUAAGAAGCUCAGACACUUUAACAUCUCUGU